AUGAGCGACAACAGCAACAACACGAUUCGUAUGAGCCGUGUGCUCUGCGAUUUUCUGGUUCUCACACUUAUUGCCAUCCCCCUCUACAUCUUCCACGAAUUCGUGCCACCGUACCGUCGCGGCUUCUACUGUGACGAUGAAUCGAUUCGAUAUCCGUUCCGCAAGUCUACAGUAUCCCGUCAGAUGCUCAUCGUCAUCGGAUUGCUCAUCCCAAUUUUGCUCAUCCUGGCCACCGAGCUAUUCCGCACCCUGGCAUGGGAGAAGAAGUGCGAGCAGGAGUUUAAGACCUAUCAGGUACGCAACCACUCGGUGCACCGUCUCAUCGUCCGCCUCUACUGCUUCAUCGGCUACUUCUUCGUCGGCGUCUGCUUCAACCAGCUGAUGGUCGACAUUGCGAAAUACACCAUCGGACGGCAACGUCCACACUUCAUGGACGUGUGCAAGCCAUCGGUUGGCUACGAUACCUGCACCACCCCCGACGUCUACAUCACCGAAUUCACGUGCCGCUCGAACGACACGAAAUUGGUCCACGAGGCACAGUUGUCGUUCUAUUCCGGGCACUCGGCGUUCAGUUUCUAUGCCGCCUGGUUCACGUCGCUCUACUUGCAGGCCCGCCUCUUCCGUCCCCUGUUCUCUCGGCUCCUCCUCCCAGUGAUUCAAUUCCUGUUGUUCGGUGGAGCAGCCUAUGUCUCACUGACCCGCGUCUCGGACUACAAACAUCACUGGUCGGAUGUCCUCGUUGGAGCACUAAUGGGCAGUGCCAUCGGAAUAUUUGUGGCACUGUUCGUCGCGGAAGUCUUCAAGAGACGCGAAAUUCCAUCGUGUGGACCGACGAAUGAGUUUGGAUUGAUUAGAAUGGACCGUCCUGAUAACGGAAUCUCCCAUCAGCCAUCCAACGGAGCCAAUACCGUAGUCUCCACUCAACACGUCAUCGUUUCUGAAGUCGAUCCAGCCAAUCAGCGACUAAGAGAAUGUGUAAGAGAGUACGGUAGUAUGGUAGAAAUACAGUAA